AUGGCGAGGUGGUCCAUCAGUGGACCGCCACAUGACUACUGCUGUAAAGACCUUGUGGGUAUAUGUCUUGAUAAACACCUUCCCAUCAUAGAAACACAAAAGCUGGAAACUCAUUCCCAGCCUACUUCUGGAGUAAGGUUAGUGUGGGAGAUCGUGAAGCAAGCAGCUUCCCGCUAUGACAGUUUGCGCUCCAUGGUAUUUGCCAAAACACAUGAAAACUCGCACUUACUUCUUUCUCUGGAUAAAGAAUCUGACUUGGAGAUGUCAGAGGAAGAAGAUUCCUUUCUAAAUGUUAAAAGAUCUCUGAAGAAGAGAAUGGUGAAACAUAGCACUCCAGUGGACUCAAUAAUCUCGAGAACUAUGCCAUCUCUUACAGACCUGACAUAUCAGUCAAUCAGGGACCAAGAUGCCACUAAGAGACUUUACGGAUCCCCAAUGCCAAAAUUGGCUCCAAGCAAAUCAUUAGCGCGGGUAUCAUCAAUACGUGUUGAAGCAUACUUCCCUCAAGUUAUGUCCCCAAAACGGCUUUCAGUAGUCUUUGACUCAGAAGAAUCAAAUGAAGAGAUAAGCCAAAGUUCUUGGGCUUUAUUUUCUAGCAGGAGACUUUCAACAGUGCUGGCCUCAGAUGAAUCUGCUGAAGAUCCAAGCAAGAAGACUGUCCUAAAUGUGGGAACAAAUGCUCCCUCUGAGGCAACUGAGGAGGUUGCAGCAGCUCCCAAGAGUGCACUUUUAUGGAAGUGUCAGGUAAAAACUGACGAAUACCUUCCCAAGGCGGGCAAUGUUAAUCUACAACAGCUGAAGGCCUGGCAUGAGAAAGUGAAGGGGGAAUAUGGUGCAAGAAUGGCUCUGGCUCUUGCCAAAGCUCUUGCUAAGCACCUUCUUUCAUACACCGCCAUCAGCCCAUUCCUUGCUCACUCCUGCCAUGACUGGUGUACAGUCUCUGCUGCCCUGGCUGGUGCUGCUGCCAGUGCUGCUGGGCCCUGGCCUGGCGGUGGUGAGGGACCCCAGCCAUCCCGCUGUGCCCCAUGUACGCCAGAGAAGCUAGCCCAGUGCCCACUGGUAGCGGCCAAAAAGCCCCCACCACAACGGCAGCCCUGCGGAGUGUACACGGCAGGCUGUGCCCGUGGGCUCCGCUGCCACGUGCCACCAGAGCAGCCUGGCCCACUGCGUGCCUUGCUGCGGGGACAGGGAACCUGCACACCUGCUGCUGAGGCCAAUGAGCCCACAGACUCUGUUGAGCACAAGGAUAUGACUUUAGAAAGCAUGGAAAUGACCCAGUUGAGCUACCAGUCGAUGUUUCCCAUUGGCCAGGACAAAUCCAUCCCCUGGAAUGCCAUCGCCGCAUAUGAAAACAUGAAAGCAAAAAGGAUAUCUGAGCUCAAGAAAUGGAGAGAGCAGGGACCAUGCCAGAAGGAGCUCUACCGAGCUGUGCACAAGUUGGCCAUGGCUCAACAGAGGAGCGGAGGAGAGAUCUACAAAUUCUACCUGCCCAACUGCAGCAAGAGCGGCUUCUACCACAGCAGGCAGUGCGAAACUUCACUGGAUGGAGAGUCUGCUGGGUGCUGGUGUGUCUACCCAGCAAAUGGGAAGAGAAUCCCUACAUCUCCGGAGCCGAAAGGAGACGCUGAAUGCCAACAGUACCUCAGUUUGCAGGAGUAA